AUGGAGCCUGUUGGCUUCCCACAAACUAUCCCUCAGUUUCCCAUCAGCAAGAGCAGCGUUCUGCAGUUUCCUGCUGCUGGCUUUGACACGGACGCCCGUGAUGCCCUGAGGGGUGAGAGGAGAGACUAUAUCCCAGAGUACUUCCCUUCGCUCGUCUCACUGCAGGAAGGAAGUCGGCGGGCUGUAGGCUCCCAGCCAUGUGUGUGUGAGAAGCUGGCGGAGGUCCGGCCCAGAUGGCAGACAUCCCAGGCUGAUGUUCUUCCUGCUGUCCCACCGUCUCCUGUCAUACCCCGACUGACCCUCAGAGUGGGCGCUGGACAAGACAAGAUUGUGAUCAGUAAGGUGGUCCCAGAUUCAGAGCCCACCCCUCCACCACCACGGAUCCCAGUGGCCAGGGCCAGUCCAGCAGCACGAAUGCGUUCCCCUCCUGCUCCCCCUCCACCUGCCCUGGCUCCUGUAGCACCUCCACCCCGCCCUCCUCUUGUCCUGCCCCCUCCACCCCCAGCCGCCCCCAUUCAGCCACCACCCAGCCAGGCCAAAGCACGGGGAUGCAGCGUUGUCACGGAGACCGUCAGUGCAUACGUGAUUCGGGAUGAAUGGGGGAAUCAGAUCUGGAUUUGUCCAGGAUGUAAUAAACCUGAUGACGGCAGUCCCAUGAUCGGAUGCGACGAGUGUGACGACUGGUAUCACUGGCCCUGUGUGGGUCUUGUAGCCGCCCCUCCGGAGGACCAGUCGUGGUACUGUGUGAAAUGCGCUGGCAAGAAGAAAGACAAGAAGACAAAAAAAAGGAAACGCAAACUGCACUGACCCACAUUUCUUUUUCUCUCGUCUCUGUCUUCAUCUGUUUUCGCCUUAAUUCAUUUCCAACUCUGUUUUGCCUCAUUUGUUUGUUUUUUUGUUUUUUCCCCCCACCCAGCCGUUCUUUUAACUUGGAUAACUUAACUCAGUGUCCAGUAUCAUAAUGUAUUUUUUAAUAUGAAAAUGUCAAAUGUGUAUAUGUUACUUUUUUAUGUGGAGAAUCAUAUAGUGUGUCUAUAUGAUCUUUGUAUCGAGCUUAUGAUUGUUCAGUAGAUGCGUUGAAAUGAACCUCUCAGUUUGCCCUCAUUAAAGGUUGUUCCAUAUAUGUGCUGAUACAUCAAAUCUACAUCACCCAUGCGAAAAAGCAUUCUGUACUAUAAUAUGCCUUUUAAUAUCGUUCUUCUGAUUGAUUUUGACUGGAGGUGCAGUUUCAUUUUUA